AUGCCCCUCCUAGAAGCGCCCAGGAAUGGGGGCGCAGUAAACAACGGCGUCCUCAGCAGGGCUUCACCUUCACAUUCCCAUGCUCGGAGCUUUGGUGUCGUCGACACAGAAAGUUCCCGCAAUGACCCAAACAGACGCCAAAGGAUUGUGGUGGUGGGACUGGGAAUGGUGGCUAUUUCAUUCCUUGAGAAAUUGGUCAAACAAGAUUCGGAGAGAAGACAAUAUGACAUCGUUGUUAUCGGCGAAGAGCCUCACGUUGCGUAUAACCGAGUCGGCCUUUCCUCGUUCUUCGAGCAUCGCAAUAUCGAGGACUUGUACCUCAAUCCGAAAGAAUGGUACGGAUCGUUCAAAGAUCGAUCGUUCGAUUAUCAUCUCAACACCAGAGUAACCGAUAUAUUCCCCGACCGAAAAACGGUAAAGACGUCGACAGGUGACAUGAUUGCUUACGAUCUCCUUGUCCUCGCGACCGGCUCUGAUGCGGUACUUCCUACACACACUCCCGGCUAUGAUGCCAAAGGGGUCUUUGUCUACCGAACAAUAUCCGACCUGGAGCGACUUAUCGAGUUUGCCUCGAAGCACAAGGGCGAGACGGCAACUACUGUUGGGGGUGGUUUGCUGGGCCUUGAAGCCGCCAAAGCAAUGACAGAUUUAGAAGAUUUCGGCAAGGUCACGCUCAUUGAUCGCAACAAGUGGGUGCUGGCAAGACAGCUCGAUGGCGACGCCGGGACCCUAGUGACGCGGAAAAUCCGAGAACUGGGGUUGGACGUGAUGCAUCAGAAACGAGUAGCAAAGAUCAAGACAGACGAUGACAACAGUGUUACGGGCAUCGUUUUCGAGGACGGUGAAGAAGUUGAUUGUUGCUGCGUCUGUUUUGCUAUUGGAGUACGCCCUAGAGAUGAACUGGGGGCCUCUGCUGGUAUUCAGUGUGCUUCACGGGGUGGCUUUGUUAUCAAGGAAAGCUUGCAAACUUCGAUUCCCGAUAUUUACGCUAUCGGAGAAUGCGCAAGCUGGGAAAACCAGACAUUUGGAAUUAUUGCGCCUGGCAUUGAAAUGGCCGACGUACUGUCUUUCAAUCUGACGAACCCCGAUAAGGAACCCAAGAGCUUCAAGAGACCAGACUUAAGCACCAAGUUGAAGCUUUUAGGAGUUGACGUUGCUAGUUUUGGUGACUUCUUUGCGGACCGGGAUGGACCCAAGUUCCUGCCAGGUCGCCGGCCAUCAGUCGCAACUGUUCCGCGGGCCAAAGACACAAUUGAAAAGGAGCCACCGGUGAAGGCUCUUACUUACAAAGAUCCCUUUGGCGGUGUCUAUAAGAAGUAUUUAUUCACCAUGGAUGGGAAAUACUUACUUGGAGGAAUGAUGAUCGGCGACACGAAGGACUAUAUUAAAUUGAACCAAAUGGUGAAGAGCCAGAAGGAGCUUGAAGUGCCCCCGAGUCAGUUCAUCUUGGGGGCCCAAAAUGGCGGAGAAGAAAAUGGCGAUGACUUGGCCGACGAUACUCAGGUUUGCUCGUGUCACAACGUUACAAAGGGUGAUAUCAUCGAGAGCGUUCAGACUGGUACAUGCAAGUCUAUCGGCGAGGUUAAGUCGUGCACCAAAGCAGGCACUGGAUGUGGUGGCUGUAUGCCAUUGGUGCAAUCUAUUUUCAACAAGGCAAUGCUCGACAUGGGCCAGGAAGUUUCGAACAACUUAUGCGUUCAUAUUCCUUACUCACGGGCCGACCUUUAUAAUAUCGUCGCUAUCAAACAACUGAGAACAUUCGAGGGCAUAAUGAAGGCGGUUGGGAGAAAGCCCGAUUCUCUUGGGUGCGAAUUGUGCAAGCCUGCUAUCGCUUCGAUUCUAUCGAGUUUGUUCAACGGGCACAUUAUGGACCACGAAUACCAUGAGUUACAGGAAACGAACGAUAGAUUCCUUGCAAACAUCCAAAGAAACGGAACUUUCUCCGUGGUUCCUCGAGUUCCCGGCGGUGAAAUCACAGCAGAUAAAUUGAUUACAAUCGGUCAAGUGGCUAAGAAAUAUAACCUCUACUGCAAGAUCACGGGUGGUCAACGAAUCGACAUGUUUGGAGCCAAGAAACAAGAUUUGCUCGAUAUCUGGACGGAACUGAUCAAUGCCGGCAUGGAAAGCGGCCACGCUUAUGCCAAAUCACUCCGAACAAUUAAGAGCUGCGUUGGCACUACCUGGUGUCGCUUCGGUGUUGGGGACAGCGUUGGAAUGGCCAUUAGACUUGAGGAGCGCUACAAAAGUGUUCGGUCUCCACACAAGCUCAAGGGUGCCGUGUCCGGUUGCGUGAGAGAAUGCGCCGAGGCACAAAACAAAGACUUUGGCUUGAUAUCUACCGAAAAAGGAUUCAAUAUUUUUGUAGGCGGCAAUGGAGGUGCGAAACCUCGGCAUUCGGAAUUACUGGCGAAAGACGUGCCACCCGAUAUGGUGAUUCCCAUUAUUGAUCGAUAUCUUAUUUUCUACAUUCGAACGGCGGAUAAGCUACAACGAACGGCGCGGUGGAUUGAGAACCUUCCUGGUGGUAUUGACUACCUCAGAGAAGUCGUCAUUGACGACAAACUAGGGAUCUGCGCUGAGAUGGAGCAGCAAAUGCAGGAGCUGGUUGACAGUUAUUUUUGCGAGUGGACGGAAACAAUCCGCAACCCAAAGAGACGCAAGUACUUCCAGCAAUUUGCCAACACCGAUGAGACGGUCGAGGCCAUGGAGCUUGUGAAAGAACGUGACCAAGAGCGGCCUACCUACUGGCCAAGCGAGGGCGCAAAGCAGGACUUCCAGGGACAUCGGUGGUCUAGUCUCUCGUGGCAGCCCAUGAUCAAAUCUGAUCACUUCUCCGAUGGCCCUCCUGCGAUCUCUUCGGCCAAUGUCAAACGAGGCGAUACUCAGUUGGCUAUCUUCAAGGUCAAGGGCAAGUACUACGCAACGCAGCAGAUGUGCCCUCACAAGCGUGCGUUUGUCCUAUCUGAUGGCCUGAUUGGCGACGAUGACGCAGGAAAAUAUUGGGUGUCUUGUCCAUACCACAAGCGUAACUUUGAACUCAAUGGCGAGCAAGCCGGGCGAUGUUCGAAUGAUGAGGCCAUGAAUAUCGCGACGUUCCCGGUUGAGGAGCGGGAAGACGGUUGGAUUUACAUGAAGUUGCCUCCAGUUGAGGAGCUGGACUCCGUGCUGGGGACUGAGCGGUGGAAAGUAAAGAAAGGAGAAGCACCCGAUCCAUUCCAGAAGUGUGACAAGAAGUAUAAGGGGAUGAAAGGCAAGAAGGCGGGUGAGAAAGCUAGCCCGGGGAAACAAUCCAAGACGAUUGACUGGUAAUGAAAACCGACAUGAUAUGCUUUGAUUUGAUGUUUGUAUCUUGCUGGCGGGGUGUCAUGACUGUCCAUUUCUCUCUUCUACUGUAUAUAGACCUGAUUUGUUGUAGCUAAUCGGUAAAUCCGCGCACCGUGGCUUGCCAAUUCCUUGAUUAAACCUGC